AGAAAAGAAAAAAAACAAUUCCUCUCUCUCUCUUCCCUUUCACAUUUCCUUCAAUAAUGGAAGAAGAGCAUGCUCGUAUGAUCGAAGACAAGAACAAUUAUAAUGAAUUUCAAGAAGUCAAGGAACAAAGAGAGGGAAUAGCAAUGGUGGAAGAGAAACAAGAGGAAGAGGAAGAAGAAGCGCUCUCACUCUGCGACAUGCCGCUCAAUCAAAACUCCAGAUCGGCCAGCAAGUGCAACAGCAUGGACGACGCGUCAUUCACCAAGAUCCUUCGUCGAUCGCCACCGUCGUCAUCGUCUAUGACGGACACCACGGAGCUCUUCGAGUUCUUUAGCGGAUUCAGCAGCAGCAGCAGCUCCGACAUGUGCCCCGCUGAUGACAUCAUCUUCUGCGGAAAACUCGUUCCGUUCAAAGACAGACAAGGACCAACGCAGAACCAUAUGAGGAAUCACGACGUCGUGGAAACGAAGAAACCGCCACUUCGUCGCCGAAGAUCCGAGUCACUCUCCUCCGUCGUCACUCGAUCGAACAGUGUCACCACCGGUUCUCGCCGCUUCAUGAUGAGGAACAGCAGGUCUUUGGAUUAUCGAAGGCUACACGAACAUUCCAGCUCCGCCAUAUCGCAGGUUCCGGAAGUUGAUCGGAAUUUGUCGUCGAGGAGUGUUGCGGAGGUUGCGACGGCGAAGAAGGCAAUGAAGCCGCGGUGGUACUCUCUUGUGUUCGGAACAAUGAGGGUUCCGCCGGAGAUGGAGCUCAGCGACAUGAAGAAUCGGCAGGUUCGCCGGAACAGCUCCGGUGCGAUGUUUCCGGCGAUGGACUCCGGCGCCGCCAACCGGAGCUCCGGCAAGGUGUCGUGGAAGAUUCUAAAGGCGUUGAGUUGCAAAGACCACAGCAGUGUGGCCGUAACGACGUCGUUUGCAUUGCCACAGGCUUCAUAGGAGGUCACGUGAUGUGCACGCUUUUUUUAUUUUUGGUAUUGUGACGUGAUUGACCUAGGGGAUUUAGGUGGGUGACACCAACUGUUAUUUGCAUGGGAAGGGGUAUUUUAGUCAUUGAAGUGUUGCUUGGGUGUGAGGAUAAAUUAAAAUGCGAAUUUCUAGUAUCAUAGUAAUGAUAUGGACUUCACGGAGAAGGGAAGAUUCUGUACAGUGGCAAUCCAUGAGGGCAUAAUCCCUCAGACUAAAUGAAAGGAUUUGUUUAUUUA